AUGGCGACCCUCCAGAGACCAGCUGCCCCCCUGCGGAGCAUCUCCGCUUCUUCCUUUGCUGAGACUUUCAGCGCUGCUCGCCGGAAGGUGGACAGGGACUUCGAGGACCUCGACGAGCAGGCCUCGCCUGACUCUGACGCUACCCUGUCUCCCGACCUGAAUCCUUCCGGAGGAGCCACACCGAAGAGCCUUGCAUCACCUCUUACCGGGCCGAUCACCCCAGUGCCCGACCAGUCCGUUGCAGACGAUUUUGCCUUUGCCUUCGAUAUUGACGGUGUGCUUGUCCGUGGUGGCCGACCCAUUCCAGAAGCCAUCGAGGCCAUGAAGGUGCUCAAUGGUGAGAAUGAGUACAACAUCAGAGUUCCUUACAUCUUCCUCACAAAUGGCGGUGGUAAAUCAGAAGAGGAGCGCUGCGGCGACCUCUCCAAACAACUGGAGCUAGAGGUCAGCCCUGGACAGUUUAUCUGUGGCCACACCCCCAUGCGAGAGCUCGCCGAUAAGUACCGUACCGUUCUUGUCGUCGGCGGUGAGGGCGAGAAGUGCCGUCAAGUGGCCGAGUCGUACGGCUUUGACGACGUCGUCACACCAGGUGACAUCCUGAAGGCCAACCACCACACCGCACCCUUCCGCAAACUGUCAGAGGCAGACUUCAACAACUCAAGGAACCUGCUCGAGCGUGGUGACUUGAAAGAUGUUGUGAUUGAGGCGAUCUUCGUCUUUGCCGACAGCCGCGACUGGGCCGGCGACUUGCAAAUUAUCCUGGACAUUGCCAUGUCCAAGGGUGGUCGCCUUGAGACUCGCUCCGAGACUUUUGAGGAGUCUCCACCAAUCUACUUCAGCCACAAUGAUGUUCUUUGGUCAGCAGGUCACGAGCACCCUCGUCUGGGCAUGGGUGCUCUGAGGCAGAUUGUUGAGAACACCUUCACAUCCGUCACAGGAGGCAAGAAGCUCGUAACACACGCCUUCGGCAAGCCUCAAGUCGGUACUUUUGAGUUUGCCACACGAUUGCUGAAGCAGUGGCGGGCCAACCAGCAUGGCCUCCCUAUCAGCCGGGCUCCUCAGACGGUUUACUUCGUCGGCGACACCCCCGAGUCUGACAUCCGGGGUACCAACCUCAUGGACGCCAAGAGCAAGGAGGAGUGGUACUCCAUCCUCGUCAAGACUGGUAUCUACCAGGAUGGCACAGAACCGGCUUACAAGCCUAAGGCAACCGUCGGCACCGUGCUUGAUGCAGUCAACCACGGCAUCAAGCGUGAGAUGGAGAGGAGAAGAGCGGCCGAGCAGCAGCGCGGCGAUGCCGCCACGAAGGACAUUAUCACAGAGAAGCUUGACAACGUCUCCAUCGUUGACCAGGACAACCUCGGCGUCGUUGAUGUCAGCUGA